AUGCAUAUCGCUGUUAUUUUCUUUUGUUUAAUCGUUUCGAUAACGAUUACUAAUGCUACAAAUCAAUAUUUGGGUUGUUUUAUCGAUCAGAUUGGCAAACGAGACUUGACGAUAUUCAUCGACGACUACGAACAAUUAACACCCAGAGAGUGCAUCAUUCGUUGUCAGAAACGAAACUAUCCCUAUGCAGCGCUUCAGUACGGCAGUGAAUGUCGUUGUGGACAACACUAUGGAAGCUAUGGUCAAGCAUCUGAAGAUGAAUGUGAUCAUCUAUGUUCGACAUCAGAAAAAUGUGGAGGAUACAGACGAAAUAGCGUUUAUCGCGUAAAUAAUUCAUUAAAUGAAUAUAAAACAAUUUCUACCUGUCAAAAUAAUCUUGUUGGUUAUCUUGGAUGUUUUCCUACGGUAUCUCUACAGAUUAGCAUGAAUGCUGUUGAUUCCCUGAAAGAAUGUAUUCAUCAAUGUACUGGGAAAUAUAUCUAUGCAGGAGUUGCGAAUGGUAAUUUGUGCUAUUGUGGAAAUGAAUUGAUUGUGCCUUUAACAAAUUCCAAUCAAUGUAAUAUACAAUGUAAUUCCAGUUCAGAUAUCACUCGCAUGGAUUGCUGUGGUGGCCAGGAUGUAUCCAGUGUUUAUCACAUCCCCAACUACCAAUCUUCGUUACUCAAAGAUCAACCCGAGACAAUUAUUCGAGCAAUAAAUGACAGUACACAAACAAGUCAUGCAACUGUGAUUUCGACAGAAUUCAUAACAUCAUCGCCAUCAUAUUCUUCAGCAGCGAUCAGUUCAAGUACACAUUUGAGUUCAUCAGCUAUUUAUACUACUAGUAGUACGUUGAAUAACACAUACAGUUCAAUUUAUACAUCAUUGAUGAUGUCCAGCGUGUCAUCGGCUACACUAACAUCAUCAGGCACAAUUCUUACAACGUUAUUAACAACUUCGCAUCUAAACACCAAUACUGCUUCGACAGUACUGGCAGGAACUACGAGUGCUACUAGUAUCAGCUCGACAAGUAGUUUCCAAUCUUCUACUAAUCAUGUCACAACCAUAGCAAGUUCAAUAACCUCAACACCAAGUAUUUCCUCAUCAUUCCAUACCGUUACAAGCGAACAUACUGGCGGGACAACGAUGACAACAAUUUUUUCAACUCCUUCCAGCUCUGUUUCAUUUGGUAGUUCAAUAACAUCAAUGAAACCAACGGUCACAUUCACUUCUACUCACACUGACUCAUCAUCUUUUUCUACGAUCAGUUCAUUGACGAACACUCUCUCUUCAACUAGUUUGAUCUCGACAGUGAUAACAACAAAUUCCCAAUACACUUCACCUACCAUCUCAUCCUCUUCUACUCAAAUCACUACAGCAGUCCCUGAGCGAAGUAGCUCAGGACGAUCAAUUGUGACUGCUCUAUUUUCGUCUACUAGUACAUUUGCGAGUAGUAGUUCAACCUAUGUAAGAGCACAAACGACAAUGACUUCUUCUUUUCCACCAGACAUAACCACACAAACUACCAUCACCACCACUACUACUACUACUACUACAGCUAGCACGACCAUAUCACUGUCUUUUCUUAUUUCUACUAUUCUCAUUGUCAAUGCUUCUCAAACAUUCGAUCCAUAUUCGAAUACUACUCGAGAAAGUAUUCGCCAAAAUCUUAUUCAAGUUAUGAAUUUAGCUUUUCUUUGCUACUCUAAUCCAUCUGCUGUUAAUUGCACUCAAACAAAACAGCGCAACAAACGUCAGACAUGUGCCAGUGGUUACAAUGUUAAUCUCGUUUCAAACAUAACUGAAAUUUCUACAAUUACUCCAAAAAAGUAUCAAACUAAUUAUACCGUGCUUGAUUCAUGCAAUGGAAAUCAAUCAGUUGCACCAGUUCUAGUGAAAUCAGCUACAGAUAGAUUGUCUCGAGCACAAAUCACUAAUCUUCUUGGAUAUGAUUAUGAAAACGAAUUCAUUCGAAGCACAACUAUAGCCACUACAAACCCAGUAUCUGAUCAAAAACUAUGGAUAAUCGGUGCUGUUCUCGGGCCUGUAGCUUUUACUAUUCUACUCAUCUUUAUCUUUUGUUAUCUACAUUAUAAAUGUCGUCCACGACAUACGAAUCAAUUACUAGCCAAACCUAUACGAACUGCACCAGCAUUAACGCAAUCUACCACUAAUCCGCCUGUUCCAAGCGAAGCACUAACUGAAUUACCCGCGGCAUCCGUAACUGACAAGAGUGUUCACAUCUUGACGAAACAUGAUCCAUUAGUUGGCGCAAGUACAUCUUUACAACAUUUGACACCUACUGACUCAAACGGAAGCACAAAUCAAAUUAUUCAACAAGCAACUACAACUAGAAUACCAAUGGACGAGAUUCGUCGUCAAAACGAUGUCGAACGUUGGAGAAAUAAACUUCGUUUACAAGAGCAACAUCAUCCAUCAUCAACUGGACAUCGAAAUUCGGUUUCAUCAAGUACAAGUCCUUAUCAAUAUGAUAAUCGUGUCUAUGUGCAUGAUCAUCCUGUGGGCAAUAAUAUACAUUCCACUCGUUCCGUUCAAUCCCCAGAAGUUGAAGCUGGACGGACAAAACUACAUCGUUUAUUAGAUGAAGUUCUCGAUAAAGCUGAAGGUGAGCAGGUUUAUAAUCCAGAUAGUGAAGUAGAACGACAAAAGCGUCGUCGUCAACGUCGUCGUGUUCAUUCCACAUCAGACGAUCAGAAAACUCGACCAUUGCCCAGUAGUGUUCCACAAAUUCCUCAUAUACCUGUCGUUGCACAGGUUUCGGAACGCCCUGACCCAUCCAUUGUUCGCCUUCGCUACGAUCCUUACGAAGCUGGUGACCGUGUUUAUGAUCUUGCACGCUCAAAACCUGUAGAUUUGAUUCCGAAAUAUGGUAUGGAAGAUCAACGUCAUAUUCAAUAUAGUUCUCGUUCGAAUCCUCCGUUGUUUUACGAUGAUUCCAAUCUUCCUGAUCGAGCAGCAACAGCAACCGAUGCUUAUGCAAUGCCAAAACGUAUUGCUCGAGCACGUCUUGAAACCGAUCAGGAAGCCAUGAUGCGGCAUAAUGGUGGACAUCUAGAACAACGCCAACAUCGAUUCGACGAUGAUGCUGUCUAUAUUGAUACGAUAUCAAAAAAUCGAGUACAUAUACGACCAGCUUGGGUUGAACCCGAAGUAGACGAAAAUCGUUAUCGACGUAAUGAUUAUCGAGACGAAUAUAUCAUGGCUAAACGAAGUGUUUUGAAUACAAAAAAUAUCAUUUCGUCCAUCCAUGACGAACUGCAGCAUAUUGUGCUUCCGAAAUCUGAAGAUUAUCAUGCUUGA